AUGGCGUCCCUCAACCCGUUCCGCGACAUCAACGUCACCGCCUCGGAAACACACUACACCUUCCGCUCGCCGUCGACGCCCGACGCGCCCGCGCUCGUCGUCGCCCGCCCGUCCGGCGACAUCAAGCUGACCGACUCGCCAAAGCCGGGCGGGAAGCGUGUCACCAGCAUCGCCGGCAUCCUGGGCAUCAUCAAGCUGCGACUUGAUAAAUACAUCAUCAUCAUCACAAAGGCCCAGCUGGUUGGGCGCAUCCGCGGCCACAUGGUGUACAAAGUCCUGGCGACCGAGUUCCUGCCCAUGCGCGAGCGCCAGCUGCACGAUGCGGACGAGGACAUGUAUCUAGCGCUACUACGCACGCAUCUGCGGACGGGGCCAAUGUACUUCUCGUACACGUUCGACCUCACAAACAGUUUCCAGCGGCAGUCGGCCGCGGAUCUGGCGGCGCCGCUGUGGCAGAGGGCGGAUGAUAGGUUCUUCUGGAACCGGUAUAUUUCGUCGGAUCUCAUUGACCUGCGGAGCUCCAACCCUGCUGUCGAUCCGUACAUCCUGCCUACGUUCUUUGGCUUCCUCACAAUAGCUACGACCGCAAUCAACUCCACGCCUUGCGCCUUCAUCCUCAUCACUCGGCGCUCCCGGCACCGCGCCGGAACCCGCUACUUCACUCGCGGCCUAGAUGUCACUGGCAAUGCAGGCAAUUUCAACGAAACCGAGCAGAUCAUUGUCCUUGGGGACACCGCCGGGGGUCUCGGGGGUCUCGGCUUCUCCGCCCAGAACUUGUCUCCCGCCAACACCAAGAGCAGCCUCGACAGCGAGCAAGCGCAAGUGUUCUCGCACGUCCAGACCCGCGGUUCCAUCCCCGUCUACUGGUCUGAGCUCAACACCUUGAAAUUCACGCCCACACUGCAAAUCAAAGGCAUCGACCAUGCGCUCCCUGCCGCGCGGAAGCAUCUCAGCGAGCACAUCCGUCUCUACGGCGAAACCCACCUCGUCAACCUGAUCAACCAGAACGGCCGCGAGUCGCACAUCAAGGCCGCCUACGAGUCGGCCGUCAAGUCGCUCACCCCCGCGCCCAUAGAGCACCAAGAGCCCUCCUUUGUGACCCCCGAGCGCUUCCGCGAGAUUGCGCCCACAGGAGCAACCGGCGGCCUGCUCGACAGGCUGUACUACGUCUACUUUGACUUCCACCACGAGUGCCGCAACAUGCAGUGGCACCGCGCCCAGCUGCUCCUCGACAAGCUCCCCCUCGGCGAGCACCGCUACUUCCACUCCAUCGGCAGCGGCCAAAUGGCCUCCGUCAAGUCGUGGCAGACGGGCGUCGUCCGCACAAACUGCAUGGACUGCCUCGACCGCACAAACGUCGUCCAGAGCAUCAUCGCGCGCACAGUCCUCGCCCAGCAAAUGAUCGAUGCCGGCGUCAUCCCGCCCGGCACCAACACCGCCGCCUACACAAGCUUCGAGACCCUCUUCCGCAACGCCUGGGCCGACAACGCCGACGUCGUCAGCCGCGCCUACUCGGGCACCGGCGCCCUCAAGACAGACUACACGCGCACCGGCGUGCGCACAAAGGCCGGCGCCCUCGCCGACGCCUCAAACUCGAUCACGCGCUACAUCCGCAACAACUUUGCCGACGGCCCGCGCCAGGACGCAUUCGACCUCUUCCUCGGCGUGCACCUGCCCUCGCCCUCCACGGGCCCCCUCCGGCUCUUCACCGACCGCAGGCCGGUCCUCAUCCAGGCGGUGCCAUAUCUCCUCGCGGCAGCAGCCUUCUUUCUGCUCGCUGCGCUGCUCCUGCCCCGUGAUGCGGCGGCGGCGCCGCUGCCGAUGGGCGUGUUUGCGCUGUGCUGGCUGUGCGUGGGCGUGUGGGCUGCGGGCUUCGUCGUGCGCUUCGGCGUGCUGUAUGUCAAGUGGCCGGCUCUCAAUCCGCCGCAGUUCUGUGUUGAGGCGACGCUGAAGGCGGGGAGGGAGGCGGAGAGGGAUAUGGUGGUGGGGAGAUGGGUGGUGGGUGGGGAGGGGGCGCAGAAGGGACAUAGAGUGAGGAAGAGCGUGUUUGGGAUUGAGAAGUUGGAGGAGGGGAAGAAGAGGAUUGAGUAG